CUCUUUUUGGCUUAUGAGACUUUCCGUCCAACAGGCUCCGCCUUUGCCUAUAUAAGGCGGUCGCGCAGCCUCUGUAGCUCUUCUCCCACGUUCACCGGAGCUGCUGCUUGUCUGGAGUCCAACUGUCAAGAGUCAUGGCUGAUCUGAAGGAGCGCACCUUUAUUGCCAUCAAGCCCGACGGUGUGCAGAGGGGCAUCAUUGGCGAGGUCAUCAAGAGGUUUGAGGCCAAAGGCUUCAAGCUGGUGGGCAUGAAAAUGCUGAGUGCCAGUCAGGACCUCCUUCAGCAGCACUACAUCGACUUAAAAGCAAGACCAUUCUUUCCUACCUUAAUCGCCUACAUGAGCUCCGGUCCAGUGGUUGCCAUGGUGUGGGAAGGUAAAGGUGUGGUAAAGACUGGCAGAGUGAUGCUGGGUGAGACUAAUCCUGCUGACUCCAAGCCUGGAACCAUCAGAGGAGACUUCUGCAUCGACGUUGGAAAGAACAUCAUCCAUGGCAGCGACUCAGUAGAGAGUGCCAACAAGGAGAUUGCCCUGUGGUUUAAACCAGAUGAGCUGGUCUGCUACACCAGCUGUGCCUAUGACUGGCUCUACUGAGCUGGCCUGGCUCCUGCAGUGCUCCUACACUGGCUGGACACCACUUAACUCUUGCCUAUGAUUUCAUGUAGCCUAGUGGGGACCAGAACCUGAUGGGUCUUCAGAUCAGUUUUCCUCACAUCCUCCUGUCAUCAUACUGUACGUACCUACCUGGGAUCUGGCCUCAAUGGAGGCCCACAUCUGGUUCACUGUCAUUUCUGCAUUCCUUUGGGACACUUUACAUUCCUGUAAUGUCCAGUGACUUUACUGUCAGUUUUGUCAAGUGAUCUGCUUUCCAAUAAAAUUCAUAACCGAA